ACUGAGAACGAACUAGAGCAUAAUUCUGUGUGAUACAGGGUUUGAACUCAGGAUCUUAUGCUUGCAAGUCUGGCACUCUGGCCAGUGGACCCACACCUUGGUUACAACACCCAGGUUUAGAGAGAAAAAAGAAAAAUGAAUGUAGCAUAACAGUAAAAAAAAUCUGUCCUUUUGUCUCUAUUCUCAGAUCAAAUACACUCUCUAGCAUCAAGUUUCCUGGGAGUAAGUUUUUUUUUUUUUCUAGGAGAUCCCAGGAAGAUGCAAAGGAAGGGUUAGAAUCGGGCCGUCAUUUAUAAAGAGGAUUCCUGUCAGAGGAAAAGGGAGUGAAUCUAGUCUGUGCUCCUGCUUUCCUCUGAGAGCUUCUGAGCCAGGACUCAGGGAGACAGAGAGCUUGGUGCAGAAAGAGAGAGGUCAGGGGAAACUCUCAGGUCCCUAACAGGGCUCUCAGGGAGCAGGUCCGUCUCUGGAGCAGGGAAGCUCAGUAUUGAGGAGUCCCCACUGCUUGGCUUCUCUUUGCUCCCUCACACACCCCUGUCAGGUCCUCCUACCUAGAUACUCAUGACACAGCCCUACUUCUCACUCCCAGGACUGGCACCAGCUGUCAGGUUUCUCCAGAAGCCAAUCAGCACCAUGGGGUUCUAGAUUAUAGAAUCUUCAGGCACGGCUGGGACUCAGAUUCUCCUCUGAUAGUAGGACCCAGGUCAUGUUGAGCUCAAGCCUCUUCCUGCUGCUCUCAGGGGCCCUGACCCUGACUAAAACCUGGGCAGGCUCCCAUUCCUUGUGGCAUUUCAAAACCACUUUGUCAAUGUCUGGCGGCACGGAACCCCGCUUCAUCCUUGUUGGCUACGUGGACGACACACAGUUCAUGUGGUUUGACAGCAGUGCGGAGGAUCCAAGGAUGGAGCUGCGGGCACAGUGGAUGGAGAAGCUUGGGCCAUGGUAUCAGGCCUCUGAGACACGGUUGUACAAGUACCUGGCACAGGUUGCGGGAAGGCGCCUGAACACCUUGCGCAGCCAAUACAACCAGAGUGAGACAGGUUCUCACACCUACCAGUGGGUUUGUGCCUGCAAAGUGGGGCCCGAUGGACGCUUCCUCCGUGGGUACAGUCUGCAUGGCUACGACGGUGCAGAUUACAUCUCCCUGAAUGAAGACCUGCACUCUUGGACAGCGGCAGACCAAGUUGCUGAGAUCACUAAACACAAGUGGGAGACAACUGGUGAGGCAGAGUAUGUCAGAAACUACCUGGAAGGCAGGUGUGUGGAAUGGCUUCUCAGAUACCUGGAAUAUGGGAAGGAGACACUCCUGCAAGCAGGCCCUCCAAAGACACAUGUGACUCGAAAACUAUUCUCUGACAGUAAGGUUAGCCUGAAGUGCUGGGCCCUGGGCUUCUACCCUGCGGAGAUUACCCUGACCUGGCAGUGUGAUGAGGAGGACCUCACUCAGUACAUGAAGCUUGUAGAGACCAGACCUGGGGGAGAUGGAACCUUCCAGAAGUGGGCAGCUGUGGUGGUGCCUUCUGGAGAGGAGCAGAGAUACACUUGCCAUGUGCAGCACAUGGGGCUGCCUGAACCCCUCACCCUGAGAUGGGGUGUGCCUCAGCCCACUACCCCCAAUACAGGCCUCACUAUUGGUCUGGUUCUCCUUGGAGUUGUGGUUACUGGAGCUCUGAUAGCUGGAACUGUGAUCUGGCAGAAGAAGAGAUAAGAUGGAAAAAGCAGAAGGUUUGGACAAGAAAACCAAACAAACAAACAAACCUAUUCUGAGUUGCUUUUACAGUAGGACAUCCCUGCUCACUGCAGUGCCUGAACAUUUGGUUAAGACCUGACCUGAAAUAGGACUCCACCAUGGGUUAUGCACUUUCUCCUGCUCUCAUAGCCCACUGUCCCAUGCAUUUGAACAAAAGACUAACCUUUUCCUGCUUAUUGCACCAUUGUCCUCUUACCCCACUUCCCAUUUAUGGAAUUGUGAAUAAAAAAUCUUGUGAUUUUA